ACUGUCUAACUUUACAUAAACCAUAACAUAGAGCCUGUUCUAAAAUGAUAUUCAAGUGUCUUUAGACAUAAGUGAUGAAGUUUUAAUGAAGUUAAUUCCUGUUCUUUUCACAGAGACAAAGAAAAAGCUGCUGUUUACUGGAACAUCUCAAUGGAUGUGAAACAGGAGACCUGUGAUGUGGACGCAAAUAUCAUGGAGAAAACUGUAAAUAUUAAGGAGGAGGACUGUCAGUGGGAGUCCAUCUACCUUAAACAGGAUAGUCUGAGCAUCAAGGAGGAGGAGAGUGAACCGCAGUCAGUGGGCAUUAAAGACGAACCUGAAGAGAAGUCUGUCAGUAUUGAGACACAUAACCGUACAAAUCUGGACAUUGUAAAAGAAGACAACCUUAAUGAUGGGUGUCAAGAUGGAGUGGUGACCAGGUUAGACUCUUCUCAUAGCAGACACUGUUCAUCUCCAGAGCCUUCUAUCAAUGUGAAGUCUGAAUCAUUAGAGUCUGAACCAAAGAGGGCUGAUGAAACUACAUCUGUUAGAGCUCAGAAAAAUAAGCGACCACCUUCAAAGAAGUCUGGAAAAAGUAAGAAAAAUCACUGCAGUGUGGAAUGUGGCAGAGAAUUCUCUAACAGGAGUGCUCUUCAGAAACACAUGAGAGAUCACACCGGAGAGAAGCCAUAUUGCUGUAAUGAAUGUGGUAAACAGUUUUCACAAAAAUGUGAUCUUCAAAAACACAUGAGAGUUCACACCGGAGAGAAGCCAUAUUGCUGUAGUGAAUGUGGUAAACAGUUUUCACAAAUGAGCAGUCUUCAGAAACACACGAGAGUGCACACUGGAGAGAAGCCAUAUUGCUGUAAUGAAUGUGGCAAACAGUUUUCAGAGACGAGCAAUCUUCAGAAACACAUGAGAGUUCACACCAGAGAGAAGACAUAUUGCUGUAAUGAAUGUGGUAAACAGUUUUCACAGAUGGACAGUCUACAGAAACACACUAGAGUUCACACUGGAGAGAAGCCAUAUUGCUGUAAUGAAUGUGGUAAACAGUUUUCACAUAUGAGCAGUCUACAGAAACACACGAGAGUUCACACUGGAGAGAAGCCAUAUUGCUGUAAUGAAUGUGGCAAACAGUUUUCACAAAAAAGCCAUCUUCAGAUACACACGAGAGUUCACACCGGAGAGAAGCCAUAUUGUUGUAAUGAAUGUGGUAAACAGUUUUCAGAGACGGCCAGUCUACAGAAACACACGACAGUUCACACCGGGGAGAAGCCAUAUUGCUGUAAUGAAUGUGGUAAACAGUUUUCACAUAAAGGCAGUCUUCAGAUACACACGAGAGUUCACACUAGAGAGAAGCCAUAUUGCUGUAAUGAAUGUGGCAAACAGUUUUCACAUAAAGGCAAUCUUCAGAUACACACUAGAGUUCACACCGGAGAGAAGCCGUAUUGCUGUAAUGAAUGUGGUAAACAGUUCUCACAGGUGGACAGUCUACAGAAACACACGAGAGUUCACACCGGGGAGAAGCCAUAUUGCUGUAAUGAAUGUGGUAAACAAUUUUCACAUAAAGGCAGUCUUCAGAUACACACGAGGAUUCACACUGGAGAGAAGCCGUAUUGCUGUAAUGAAUGCGAUAAACAGUUUUCACGGAUGGACAGUCUACAGAAACACAUGAGAGUUCACACCGGAGAGAAGCCAUAUUGCUGUAAUGAAUGUGGUAAACAGUUUUCACAAAUGAGCAUUCUUCAGAUACACACUAGAGUUCACACUGGAGAGAAGCCAUAUUGCUGUAAUGAAUGUGGUAAACCGUUUUCACAUAAAGGUAAUCUUCAGAUACACACGAGAGUUCACAACAGAAUAAAAACAGUAGCAGUUCAAAAAUCAGUCCAGAAAAACAAGAACCCUUCAGGACUCAAGAGUAAGGUUCAGUCAUGUCCUGAAAAGUAAGCAAACUAAACUAUUGUUGAGAAAUGAAUCUCAAAGAGAAGCCAUAUUGCUGUUUCGAAUGUUGCAAACAAAUCUGUCAGAGCAGUACACUUCAGAGACACACCAGAAUUCCCACCGGAGAGAAGUACAACUGAACUGUCCUGACUAAAGAGUGAGGUUCACUCCUGAAUGGACAGUAAGCACAUGUAACGACUCAAAUCCAUCCUACUUAGUGUUGUGUCAAAAACAAAUCAACAUGGAGGAGACAUAGAAGUUUAUAUCCUUUUUCCUUUUCUAGAAACAAAAUAAAGAACAGGGCGUCAUACAAACAGCUUCUCA